CUGUCACAUCUCGGCAUGGACUCUGACGAGGACUCCGGUGGGCUGGCGGGCCGGGUCGACCGCGGCCCCGGCGGCGUCCGCUCGGCCAAGGAACGCGCCCUGCUCUGGGUCGGGGGCGUCUCCCUGGCGCUGGGGCUGUGCCUCGCCGUCUUCUGGACCCAGCUCCUCACCCUGGUGGUGCACAGCGAGCUGCAGCUGUCGCCGCGGUCCACCAGCUUCCGCGUGUGGCGCACCACCCCGGUGCCGCUGCACAUCGACUUCUACUUCUGGAACUGGACCAACCCCCAGGAGGUGGAGGACCCGCUCAAGAAGCCCCACUUCGAGCAGAUGGGGCCCUACCGCUUCAAGGAGACGAAGGAGAAGGUGAACAUCACCUGGAACGCCAACAACGGCACGAUCUCCUUCCGCCAGCUGCGCCGCUGGUACUUCGACGCCGAGUUCUCCAACGGCACCCUGGCGGACAACGUGACCACCCUCAACGUGGUGGCGCUGACGGCGGCGCACGUGGUCCGCGACUGGAGCUUCCUGAUGCGGCGCUCGGUGGCGCUGGCGCUGCGCUCCACCAACCAGGCCAUCAACAUCACCAGGACGGUGGGCCAGUUCCUGUUCGAGGGCUUCGAGGACCCCCUCAUCACCAUCGCGUCCAAGGUGCCCGGGCUGGCGGGCAUCGACAUCCCCAGCUUCGACAAGUUCGGCUGGUUCUACAUGCGCAACGGCUCCACGGAGUACGACGGCCACUUCAACAUGGACACGGGCGUGCUGGACGUGGGGCACCUCGGCGAGCUGCGGCGCUGGAACUACAACAACUUCACCCCGUUCUACGACAACCAGUGCGGCGAGCUGCGCGGCUCGGCUGGCGAACUGUUUCCACCGGGCCGCGGCACCGGCGACAGGAUCAGCUUGUUCGCGCCCGACCUGUGCAGGUCGGUGUCGCUUGACUACGUGCAGCGCAUGCACGAGGCGGGGGUGGACGGGCUGCGCUACGAGGGCGGCCCGCUGAUGCUGGACAACGGACAGCUGGACGGCGACAACGAGUGCUUCUGCGGCGGCGAGUGCGUGGCCGGCGGCGUGGCCAACGUGUCGGCGUGUCGCUACGGCGCGCCGGCCUUCGUGUCCUUCCCGCACUUCCACCAGGCCGACGCCGCGUACCGGCACGCCGUCAGCGGCAUGGCGCCCAGCGCCGACCGCCACGCCUUCUACAUCGCCCUGGAGCCGACGUACGGCAUCCCCCUGGACGUGGCGGCGCGCUUCCAGAUCAACCUCCUCGUGCAGAAGAACCGGGACAUCUACAUGCUGGCCAAGGUGCCCGAGCGCACCAUGUUCCCCGUCAUCUGGUUCGAGCAGCGCGCCGCCAUCACCCCGGAGCUGGCCAGGCCGCUGCGCCUGCUGCUGCACCUGCCCGCCAUGCUGCUGGGCACGGCGGCGGCCCUGGUGCUGGGCGGCGUGGGCUGCGUCGCAGCCGCCCUCAUGCUGCGGAGCCACCGUCGCCGCCUGCGCGCCGACACCCUCGCCCUGGUGGCCUCCGUGGUGGCCAAGAGCGCCAGCAUCGCGCACGGCGCCGUCGCCGCGCCCGCCGGCAAGCACAGGUAA